AUGAUCUUCACGCCUCUGACUCUGCCGCAGCCGUGGUCGAGCAAAUGUGAGUUUGGGGGCGGAAGCGCCAUGGGCGGAACGCAGGCGUCUUUCUGUUGCUGCUGGGAGAGGCCCAAGCUCCCAGACCCUCGGAACCCCAGCGAGGAAGCCUUGCUUGCACCUCGCGUGGCAACAGCAGGAGACACGACAGCUGAGGACGAGCAGGUGAAUCUGGAAUUGCGAGUAGCCAAUACUUUCAUUGAGCUCAAGCCCGUGACCCCGAAAAGGAGGAGGACAAGGAGCCGCAGCCUCCCGAAGGAUCUGAAGGUUUGCAAGGUGACAGAGGCGGCAGCAGGUCUGGCGAGCCAAGUGGCUUCGAACACGGAGGAUGCUCCAGAAGGCCGCCAUCAAGAACGUGAGGAGCCACCGCCCCUGGAUCAUCCUUUCGAACCUUACCUCACUUAUCCGAUGGUGGUGGCGGAGAGGAGGUUUAUGCGAGAAGUGUUGGGGAGGCUGAAGUGGCGUAAGGUGCCAGAGAGGCCUCAUUUUUGCCGCAACACGUGUCACCAGUGCUGCCAGCUCUGGAACGACAGUUGGCGCCUGGCGGCAUGUGACCACAGACAACCUGAAGGGUUGCCUGGACAGGUUCCCGCAUGCCGGGACCUGGACGUGAUGCCCUCUCUGGAAGAGAGCGAUCCUGAGGAGGAUCUAUGA